AUGGCCAACGACACCUUGAGGGAUGCUCUGCGCCACUUGGAAGGGUUCAACAGUGGGCAGCACGGCUGGACAAAUCUUGGCAGUAACGGCGAUGUCAAGCUUAUUUCGCAGAACGUAACUGGAGCGAACCUGCCUAUGUUUCUGGGACAGCUGACGGCAAGCUCAGCAUGUAGCGUGGCCGACUUGACAGCUGUCAUCCUGUCGGAUGCAUGCAGACGGUUCUGGGAUCCGAGUUAUUUGGCCAGUCAUGUGCUUUGUACUUGCGGUGACAGCAGGUCAGCAGUUUUAUGCACGGAGCAGAAGGGAUCACCGAUCAGUGCAGAGGCGCUCUGGACAAACGUUUGCACCGCGCGGCAUGUUCGAAAAGAGCAGGGUGAGCGCAUCACAUACGCUGCUACAUCAGUUCCCGCUGAUUUCCGGAAACAACAUCGAGAGACCUUGUCCACAUGGGGUGUUGACAAGAAAGAGUUGAUAACCAAGAUUUGGGCGAUGGAUGUGCUGCGCACAAAUGACCAGGUGCAGUUGUCCUUCCUGCUUCUAAGUGAGGCUUCCUCGUUUCAUCUUCCGAACUUCAUGCUCAAGCAAGUUCUGGCUUCCUGGCUUGGGGUUUGUGUGAACUCGGUUUGGAGAAUGUCGACUUCGGGAAUGACCCCUAAGGGGAGCAUCUGCUUAGCUCCCGUCACAGAUGAAGACACAGAAACGAUUAUGCUUGGAUCACGGCAGCUGACGGUGUCUGGCCCUGUCAUCAUACAGCUGGCAUCUGACAACGGGAGCGGAUGA